CGCUGCUGUUCACUACUGUUCGCUGUUCGUGUCGUUGUCGCUGUCAUUCAUAACCUUACUAUCAAUAUCACAUCAUAACUGAGUAAGAAUUAUCAAGAUUUUAUUAUUAGUUUUUAUAAUCGUCGUAACAAUGGAAUGGAUUGAAGAAAAAAUAAUAAAAUUAAUUACAAGUUAUAAAGAUUUCGAACUCUUGUGGAAUCCGAAACACAAAUAUUACCACAACAAAUUAAAAAAGAAUACAGCGUGGGAAGAAAUAGCAAAAGAAUUUAAUUGUCAGGUACCAGAAAUAAAGAAAAAAAUAGAUUCCUUACUAUCUUCCUUCAGAAGAGAAAGAAUGAAGUGUAUAACAAAAUCUGGAUGUGGUAGAGAUGAAGUUUAUAAAUCUACAUGGUUUGCUUUCAACCAUAUGACAUUUCUUUUAGAUAAAUUCCAACCACGGUUGCAAAUAAAAACUAUUUCCUCUAAUAUAUCACGAUCAAGAAAAAGAUCUUUUUCUCUUGAAGAAACACGGGUAUCUGAAGCAUAUAACAUUUUAAAAAGUACUGUAGAAACAAACAGGCAAAAGGAUAAUAGUGACAUUUUUGGUGAUUACAUUGCAAGAAAACAUCGUAAAUACAACGUUAAAACACAAAGUUAUGUGGAACAUCAAAUCAGUAAUAUUUUAUUUCAAGCCGAUAUGGAAACAUAUAAACCUGUACAUUUAAAAACACAAUCUACUACAAUUUCUCAUGAUAAUAUAUUAACAUCUUCCUCUUCAUCUUCGUUGUCACCAUCACCACAAAUGUUAUCAGAAAUGCAAUCAUCAAUUGCCUUGCCUAUCAACACUUUUAACAAUAAUGAAACGUAUGUUAUUAGUGACGUAACUAAUAUUCAAGAUAUUCUAAAAAAUUAAUAACUAAAUAAUUAAUUGUGUUAUUAUUACUAAUUGUAAGUAAGUAAUAUUACUAAGUAAUAGUUAUCACUAUCACACACAUACAAACGCGUGCACGCACGCGUUUAGUUGUCAGAAAUGUUUUUUGACUGUCAAAAAUUUUGUCAACUAUUCAGUUCAUUUUCAGAUUACAUGAAUCCGUAUAUAUUUUUAAUA